CACCUAUAUAAUCAGAUCAAUAACUAAAGUUAGUUUAUAUAAUUGCCUGAAUUCGAACAAAAUAUUACAAUAAUAUUGUAAUAUUUUGUUCGAAUUAUGUGAAUAUUAUGUGAACCUACUUGAAACUGGCAGAUGUACAAAUCUUGUCAGAGAGAAAAAAAAAUUACGCUUGAGAAUUGACAUUUCGGUUUUGACAUAAUUUGACGAUUGUCCUUCGGCCUUUCGUUCGAUUGUGCAGUGUAGUUUUCUAUAAAUUAAUAAUAUUUUCAAUAUUUGUUACCAUUAUAAUUAGUAUAGAAUUAAACUUGUGAUUUUUGUGAAAAAAGGUGCAUUUUUGGAAAUAACUCUUAAUCGAUUGACCCUAACUUCAAGAUGGGGUAGUCCCAAAGAGAAGAAGAAUAAUAAUUAAUAAAGAAAACACUACAUAAUACAAUAACCGAAGUAUUCUAAUCUAGGUGUAAUAAAAAAAUCACCGCCAUGUAUUCUAUGAACUACAUUGGCAAGUUCAUAUCGAACUUUCGCGAAUUCUACAACGAAAUCAAUAGCGCCACGUUGACGGGCGCCAUCGAUGUGGUUGUGGUGGAACAACCGGACGGCAGCUUCAACUGCUCGCCCUUCCACGUGCGCUUCGGCAAGCUGGGAGUGCUCCGUUCCAGGUUUAAAGUGGUGGAUUUAGAGUUGAAUGGAGAACCUUUAAACAUUCAUAUGAAGCUGGGCGAGUCCGGCGAGGCGUUCUUCGUGGAGGAAGUGAGCGAAGACGAGGCGAAAUGCUCGGCGCACCUCGCCACGUCACCGAUCCCCGCGUCGCGGUUUGACGAGCUGUACGAGCCGCGCCGGCGCAACUCGCUCUCCGCCGUUGAGCCCGACCAUGCACAGGCCUCCGACUAUACCAAACGGAGAUACACAGCUGACGGACAAACAAUGCAAAAACCUGACUUAACACAGUUAACAAAGAAACAUGCCAAAGAGGAAAAGAAUUCCAAUGACCAUGAAGCUUUAUUCGAAAUGGACGGUCUAGACGAAGGAGCAGAUUGGACAGACGGGAAAAUGCCAAAAACAUUCGCGGCGACGCAACUCGGCGGAGCGGAAAGCGAAGCCAACCAGGCAGUGCAAAAAAUCAGCGCACAUAACGAUUUCCGACCGAUAGACGCCGCGCCCGAGGACGAUGUCAAGCAAAACGGAAACGGCAAGAAGAAGAAGAAGACGAGGAAAGUGAGCUCGAAGAAGAAGCACCAGAGGAAGUCGUCGACGAGCUCGAUCUCGAGCCAGUCGGACCGCGCCGGCUCCGACCCGCGCCCCGAGCCGCCCGCCGCCGUCGCCGCCGUCGACGUCAACUUCUUCAGCGACUCCGAAGUGCACAACGCUUCCCUUACCGAAGAGAUGUCCAACUUGAAGCUGAAUGGUGAAAAUCGCAUCCCAUUGGCGUUGUCGGAUACAGCGUUCGAAGUUCACGCUGCGUCUAAACACGCCAGGGGCUCGCGCGGCGGCACGCCGGUGCAGUCGGACACGGAGGUGGAGCUGUCGCGCGCCACGGCGGGCGACAAGUCGUCGCAGUCGUGGCGCUGGGGCGAGCUGCCGUCGCCGCCGGUGCGCGCCGAGUCCCCCGCCUCGGGCGAGUCGGCCGCGUCGGGCGAGUCGCCGCCCUCCCCCGCCUCGCCCGCCUGCCCCGCCUCCCCCGCCGAGCCGCUGAGCUCGGACGAGGAGCGGCCGAGCCGCCGCGGCGUGCUCAGCGGCAUGUUCCGCUUCAUGUCCACCAGGGAGGCCACCGACGCCGCGCCGGAGGGAGUCUACCUCGAUGAUCUCGACAGAGGGCAGGUCGACCCCGAUCUCUAUUUUCCGAAGCAUCACACAGAGCGAUAUCGCACGGGUCCAUCGGGUGUGCCUCAUUCGACCACUGGUCCCACGGAGGAGGAAUACGAAUCCGGCAAUGGCCCCUCACUACCUCAGUCACCCGCUUCGCUGGAACCGCCCGCGCUCGACUCCGACGAUGACGAGAAAAUUCUAGCCAAGGGUCAGGUGGGCGUGUACGUGCGCGAGGACAAGGUGUCGCGCGCGCUGCCGUUCGAGGAGUUCUGCCGGUCGGGGGUGAGCCUGGCGGCGGAGGGGCGGUUGGUGGUGCGGCUCGGCGACCGCUGGAUGCCGUGGAGGAGCGCCGGCCCGCUCAUACUCUCGCUCCUCGCAUAUAGAAGACCUCUUCCUAAUCGAGUGCUAGAGUCGCUAGAGAAGAGUUCAGACAAAGAGGAGUCGUCCGAGAGUCACGCGCACAGCGCAGGCGCCGCCAAGCCGCGCGGGUACUCCUGGUGGAGCUGGCGUCGGUCCAACGCGGACGCCAAGCACACGGAAUCAUCCCCACCUAAAGAAAACGCACCAAAGGAAACAUUACCACACGAAGAAGCGAUCUCAAAAUUAGACUCUACAUUAGAAACACCUUUACUAAUGCCUACUGAAGAGAAACUAGAAGACAAUAUAAUUACGGGAAUCGAGCAGGUUAUUGAACCUCAGGAAUACAUCGCGAACGAGCGUGUACCAGAGAUCUUGCCAGAAACCGUGCAAAGUCACGAUCAAGUAGAUCACCAAGAUCAUAGUUCCUCCGAAUCAGAUCAAGACCAAAGUCAACCGUCGCGACGGUACUCCUCAUUCCGCAAGACGCUUCGGCUCUCUUCUGAACAAAUUAAAAAUUUGAAUCUACGGGAGGGCAUGAACGAGAUGGUGUUCAGCGUGACCACCGCCUACCAGGGCACCACGCGCUGCAAAUGCAACGUGUUCCGCUGGCGACACGACGACAAGAUCGUCAUCUCCGACAUCGACGGCACUAUCACCAAGUCUGAUGUCCUGGGUCAUAUAUUCCCGCUGGUCGGUAAAGACUGGGCGCAGUCUGGAGUGGCGCAGCUGUUUACCAAAAUUAAAAACAAUGGCUACCAGCUUUUGUACCUCUCGGCGAGAGCUAUUGGUCAAGCGAAAGUGACGCGCGAGUACCUGCGCUCGAUCAGACAGGGCGAGGUGUGUUUGCCCGACGGUCCACUUCUCCUCAACCCCACGUCACUGUUGCGCGCCUUCCACCGCGAGGUCAUCGAGAAGAAACCAGAGGAGUUCAAGAUACAGUGUCUCGCCGAUAUCAAGGCACUCUUCCCGCAGGGUUCGAACCCGUUCUACGCGGGAUAUGGCAACAGAGUUAAUGAUGUUUGCGCGUACCAGGCAGUUGGCAUUCCAAUCGUGAGAAUAUUCACAAUAAACUAUAAAGGCGAAUUGAAACACGAACUGACACAGACAUUCCAAUCCACGUACUCGCACAUGUCGGUGCUGGUGGACCAGGUGUUCCCGCCGGCGCAGUGCGAGCCGAGCGCGGAGUUCUCGCAGACGCUGUACUGGCGCGAGCCGCUCCCCGACGUGCCGCCGCUCGCGCCCGCGCCCGCGCCGCCGCACCACGCCCCGCACCACGCCCCGCACGCGCCCGCGCCCGCGCCGCUCCCCGCCAAGCAGUAACUAACACCGGACUAGGCCCCAACAAACAAUCACUUCAGCGCCACUUGUGACUGACUUCGAAUCAAAUCAAUAUUGCCGUAUCAUGAGAUUGUUCAAAUUCGAGUGACACAAUAUAGAUCUGUGCACUCACUGCAUAUUAUCCAUAAUAUUUGCCACUGAACUCUUCACAAUUGUUACAGUAGGAAAGAAUUCUCCCAAUGAUUACCCACCUGUAUAAGUACCAAUAUUUCCUACGUUGUUACUUUUUCCCAGGCGCAUACAUCGGUUUUAAUAUAUUUAUUAAUCGAUUGCAAUUUUAUAUUGAGUCAUUGUAUAAUAAUAUAAUUUAAAUACCUGUCAUUGAAUGUUAUUUUAGUGGCAGUAAUAAAACUAUGGACAUCAUACUUCAUAAUCAAGAAAAAGUAUGCUUAGAGAAUCAAGUAAACAUAAUUUUAGAUUCUUGCAUCAAUACACGAUAGCUAUAAACAUAUUUUUUUGUACUAUUUAUGAUUGCAUAAAUAUUACAUAAAAAUAUAUUUAUAGCUAUAUAGCUGGCUAAUAGUUUAUUGAAACUUAGAUUUCACGUUUCGUUUCCACAAAUUGAUAUUAAUAAAUUAAUAAUAAAAUUCAAUUUCAUAAUAAAAUUGCAAUCACUUUUUUUUAUUUUAAAAUAAAAUAUACAAAUGGUAGCCCGAGGGCUCCACAGAUAUUAAUUUUAAGUUCAAUCAGCAUGGAUGGACGGUGUUAUACGUAAACUCAAAUUUUUGCCUCAGUGCAGAAUAAUUCGUGUCGUUAUUAUACUUAACAAAUAAUAAAUGUACAGUUAGCCUCAAAUGUUAGGUUAACAGGAAGACGUUCCAUGUUAAUGAAUUUAUAACCAUCAACCAUACAGCAUAAGUAACACUGUUCAAAUACACAAUGAUAACCUAAGGCGAUGCAAAGUAAACUUGUGGUCGACUUUUUGAAGUAAUCUUUCCAAAAUAACUUUUGUCAAAAAUACAACUUUCAUAAGCGCGAGAUUUGUCUUAGUAAAAGUAGAAUUAUUUAUGUGUAUCUAAAUCCGAAAAUAUUAGAAUCUAGCAGGGCUCGGAAGGUGAUUUUGAUGGUAUCAUAAAAAAAUAUUAUUCUAUGUUCUUUUUUCCAAAGGUUAUUUAUGUUGACAUAAUACGUUCGUAAUAUACCUACUAAUUAAGUUUUCGUGAAUUUCUGCAGAAACAUCUGCACGUGAUACAGAAAAAUAGGUAUGUGUUUUGAAAUGAGAUGAACCUACUAGGAAUUUAGGAAAAUAUUUUUAUAAUAUCAUCCAAAGUUGACUUGAAUGCAUUGCUCAAGAUUUGUAAUGGUCAUCGUACGUUUAGAAUCAUCGACCACGUAGCUGUGUGGUGGAUGUUUAGAAUACUCGCUUAAAAUUUUGAUCUAGAAUAAAUCCCAAUUUAAUAAGGAUAUACUAUACAAGCUUGUAGAGUAGGGUAUUAGUACGAAUAUUAGACUCAUGCAUGGUCAUUAUCACCGAUCUUAGUUGGCGCGUAACUUCCAACAUAAAUUAAAGUAAAGUCAAAAUGAGAAGGCUCAUAGUAAGUUAGUAGACUGUAAUGCAACAAAGUAAAGCAUGUUAACAUUGUCACGGCAGUUUCUCAGAAGAAACUAAUAUUAUACUUACUCGUUACGUAGUGAUAUGCUUCAUACCUUUUUAUAUAGAGUACUUUGUGCGUUUAGGUACAUAGAUACCUUACUCAUUGAUAUAGCAUGAAAUUUAUUUUUUUGAUGUAGUUUGCAAUAGUUUAAUCCUAUGAAGAAUAAAAUAAGUACUAUCUAACUUAGCUGUGUGAAAUAAAAUUUACUGGAAAUAUGUGAAACAGGUCCUUGCUGAAUUAAACUACUUAGUGCAAUUUUUUUAAUAGUUAGCAUAGUAGACAAUAUUUUAGUCAUGAUCUCAAUAGACGCUGAGGAAGAACGUAAUAAUUUUAUUUUAUUACAUAGUACAUAAUAAUUACCGAUAUUAUAUUAAUCUCUACAAGCAUUGUAACUUUGAUGACUUGCUUUGUAAAUCACUUAGCGCCUGGGAUUCUACAUCUGUGGUAUAGGCGAUUUAAUAAAUAAUUAUAAUUUGUUCACUAUCGAGUCGGGUAUAAGAAUGGGAAUGAAAUAAGUCAACGUGGGUUAUGUAGUGUAGAUGUAGUAGAAGUGUUUAGCAGAGAAUUAUUUUGGGACAUCUUACUUUAUUUUGUAAAACUUUCUUUAUAAUUCGUUGCAAAGACUGUACGUUUCAUGCAAUUACAUUUUAUUUGAAUAGAUUUAGUUGUUAUGGAACUAAGUCAUCAGGCUGUUUAGGUUUUGCCGAUUGUGUAAGCUGUGAUGUUGACGACUGAUGAAACAAUGCUUUAUCUUUAUACUGUGAUUACCUAUUUGUAUGUAUGUGCUAAUUCAAUUUUUUGUUAAAUGUAUACUUGUAAUAAUAAUCCGGAGGCUUAGCUUCUGUUAGACAUUUCAUUUGUAAUUAUAGUAUAUAUUUCUAGACAUAUUUUAUGUGGUAACUAGCAGUUUAAUUUCUUUGUAAUGUUGCUCUUAAGUUUAUUAAGUGCCGAAUUUUCGUUUCGCGUAAUGAUUAAAGUUAAUUAUCUUUUAUAUAAUAAUUUAUUGUUACUGUGAUUAUUGUAAUAAAUAUUUUCGGAAUAAUUUGUA